AUAUAAAACAAGAUUAAACAAUAAUUGAUUUUGUACAGUGUCCAAAUAUAGCAUACAUGUAACGCAAAUUUUUUACAUUUAAUCAUUCACUGUAUUUUUUAUACUUAUCGUGGAAAUGUCAAAGUUAUGAAUGUUGGAUGUCGCAUGACAUAUCUGGAAUCUACCCAAAAUAAUAACAAAUUUUAAUCGCGAAUUGGAUAUAAUUAAUCUUGUAGAAUUAUCUUGAAAGACGAGAAGACCCGCAAGAAAUUUUUUACAAAUCUGUAAUCUGUGUGAGUAUGAAAUACGGAUUACUAUAAUCGAAAGUUAUGCGCAUUCGUCACGUGCUCGAAGCUGCUACUUGCAUCUCGAUAUCAUUUUCAACCUUAGGAAAUUCGUGUCAUUAAUGAAAACAAUUGCGGCCUCGAAUACGUGAGCGACAAAAGACUAACAAUGAUAGGAGUUAAAAAAAAGAAGGGAGAGCUUUACGGAAAUGACUCGUUGCCAUAGAAGAAAUCAAUUUAUCCGAACUUUAGUCUUGUUUCGCAAUUCAAGUGUAUUAUAUUCUCUUCAAGAAGAGAAAAAGGAUAGGAUAAAUAGUGCGGGAAAGAUUACGAGAGUUUAAAAAAAUAUUGACAUUUUACAUAGAGCUUAUAAAGUGCAUACUACACAAAACUAUCGAUAGACUGUCAAGAGACUAUCAAGAUAAUGACUGCACAUUGGUGUUUCGUCUCGUUGUUAUGCUACGGAUUCAUCGUUAUAACAAAUGGUCUGAUUCGCACACGCCAAAUAUUCCCGCCGCGGAUAGAUCCCAAUUUAUAUGUCGAAGAUUUCGUGAAACAGAGCGGCUAUCCAUUUGAACUUCAUCAUGUAACAACUGGGGAUGGAUAUAUAUUAGCUGUACAUCGAAUACCACCUAACAAUUUGAACAAAACUACACAAAAUCGACGAGUAGUGUUAAUCAUGCACGGAUUGCUGGGUUGUUCGAUGGAUUGGGUGAUAACGGGUCGGAAUCGAUCAAUCGCUUAUCUGUUGUCUGAUGAUGGUUACGAUGUAUGGCUCGGUAACUCCCGUGGGACGACGAAUUCGAAAAAUCACACGACACUUUCCUUAGAAAGUCGUCAAUUUUGGGAUUUCAGUUGGCACGAGAUGGGUAUUUAUGAUUUACCCGCUAUGAUAGACUACAUAUUAAAUCAAACCGGCGAAAAACAGCUGUUUUAUAUAGGCUUCUCUCAAGGAACAACGCAAUUCUGGGUUCUAGCGUCUCUCAAGCCGGAAUAUAACAGAAAGAUCAAACUGAUGUUAGCUUUGGCUCCCGUAGCUUACAUGGGACACCUGGGCGGCUUAUUAAAACCUCUAAGUGUCCUCGGAAAUUUUUUCAAAAUAUUUUAUAAGUUUAGUGGAUUUUUCGAAUUGUUGUCAAAUUCGGAAAUGGAGAAAACAAUAACAUAUACUUUUUGUCGAGAAGGCCUUAUAACUGAACCUAUUUGUGCGUUCGUUAUUUCCAUGAUCGGAGGUUUUAGUCACGGUGAAGUGGAUCAUAUGCAUCUAGUGGAAUAUUUACAAUUUGCGCCGGCAGGAUGUUCAUUCAAGCAAUUAAUUCAUUAUGCGAUGUGUGCUCAAAAUCCAGGUCAUUUUCAGCCUUAUGAUCACGGUAUUAUAAAGAAUAUGCUAGUAUACAGACAAUUCGUACCGCCAGAAUAUCCCAUAGAAAGGAUUACAACACCGGUGAUAUUGUUCAACGGCCUGAGCGAUGUUCUGGCUGCUCCGAAUGACGUUGCGAUAUUGAGUAAAAAGUUACCGAAUGUAGAGAAGUAUACAGUUAUGGUAAAACCAUUGAGUCAUUUCGAUUUCGUGUACGGUAAAAACAUACGAGAUCUCGCUUACAAUCAUCUGAUUGAAAAAAUGAAUUCAAUUCCAUGAAGAUGGCCCAUCAUUGAUUAAUAAUGAAAUGAUCUCAACUACCUAUGAAACUGAAACUAUAUAGACGAUAGAAUUUUGUCGUCUCUUUAGGCGUCUGAUCUUCCUUUUUUAUAUUGUACAAAGAACAAGGAAUCCAAAAAGGAAAAGAUCGAAGGAAAAAACCGAAAUAUUUUUUUGAAGGAAGGAAGGACACUUUAUUACUUGAUUAGUAAUGAGGAUCAUCAUUGUUUCCGUUCAAUAUACAACGACAAUCAGUAUUUUUAGACUC